AAAAAUAUGAAAUCAUUUUCCGCUGAAAUUCAUCAUCACGUCAUUCACGUCACGAGUACAGAGUGACUCGAUUGAUCACAUCAUCCAUGUGCACAGUCAAUUUUAAAUCAACGUAUUAUAACGACAUACCAAUGAAGAAAAUAUUUUUCCUUUUUAUAAUAUCAGCAACAGCUUUGCAAAUUAUACACUGUAUAAUUCAAUGGAAAGACGUCAGUCAUACUCUUCAUUGGGAAUACACGUUGGAUAAAUUCAAAUCCGAGAAGGAUAGCAUAGCUGAUUUCUACGAUAGUGUCGCUCAAGUAGUGGAAAAGGGCAAUGAAAGUGUUUGGAUUCGUGUGAAUGCUUACAAAAAUGAUUCAAGUUUAGUGUACAAAUGCGGCGAAUAUUUACUCUCCAGAUAUCAGGAAUUGUCUUCGAAAAACGCCAGCAUAUUUACAGAAGAUGAAAAAACCUUAAUUCGCACCGAAUACCGAUUUUUAUGCGCAUCUAUGAUUAUGAUCGAUUCGUGGCACCAUUGGAUAGAUUUACAAGGCGGCAGUAUUAUCUCGGCUAUAUUCAAAGCCGCAGGAGGUGACGUCGUCGAAGCGAUCGGCGAAAAAAGCAUGAAUAAGCCAUUGAAUCAGAUAACGUAUCCGUAAAUGAACAGAUACAGCACAAUAAUUCCAUCUCGCCCGUUAUCGUUCUCGCUCAUUCGUUCCUGGCUAUGGGAGGACUCUGGGACACCUUUAUUUUUACAAUCAACAAUCUCGAACUAACAUCGCAGUCAUCGACGAACGAUCCAUAUUGAAAAAUUACUACUUUGAAUAGGGUCAAUUUUGGGUUAAUUGACCACGUAUCAUUUCCAGGUGAUCUGGAGACCUUCAAUGAAGAGUCAAUUUUCUUCAUAAGCUUUUGAAAUCGGCUUCAGGAACUUCAAAUUUAAUUUCCAUCACCACAUCUAUUCUUUUGAAAGAUUAUGAGGAAAUUGAAAUCUAGCAAAAAAAUUCAGAUAACCUAGAAAUGACGAAAUUCGGCACUGUGAGGUCGAUAACAAUGGAGGGAGAGGGGCUUCGUCAAUUUUCUCAAAAAAAAAAAACAACAUUCUAUACAAAGAAGAAUGCACACACGUAUUGUACUUAUUUGGUGCUCACAAAAAUUGUAAUUUUCAAUAAAAAAUAAGACUGUUUAAAA